UUCGUUCCAUCCUCAGAAAUAAUAAUGACCGUGACGAUGAAGGAAAACCAUUCCGUUCUCUUGUUCAUUGUUUAGCUCCGUUCCCGCUCCAAUGGCCACCAUCGCAACAACUCUUACGAAAAUCAACCUCGUCAGAUUUUCUCCAUCUCGAUCCUCUUCCCCUAGAUCUUCCUUCAAUUUUGCUCGUUGCUCACCAAUCCAGCAGGUCCAGGCUGAUUCAACAAUUGAUUGCGAACCUUGUAACGGUAAAGGAUGGAUAGUGUGUGAUUUCUGUGAAGGCCAGAAGACUAAUGUGAAGGUUGAGAAAAAUCGUAUCUACCGACGCUGUCCGACUUGCCGAGCUGUUGGAUAUGUUUUAUGUUCAAAUUGCAAGGUGUUCAAGUGUGUUACUUUCCCAAACUUCAAUGACGGUGCAGACCUAUCCUUUUGAACCUUCUUGUAUCCCUUCAAUGAUAUGGAGUGUAGAGAUCUUUGUUCAAAAGAAAUUCUGUUGGAAACGGCGUCUUCUGAUAUGACUAAUACAUUUUUACCAUAUCAUUUCAUGGAAGGAGACUUCCAUCGGGCAAUGUGGUCAUGUCCUUGUAUUAUAUACAAAUGUAAAAUAUAAAAGAAGCAAGUGCAAAGCAUCAUUUGUUAAUUGACUAGUUCACUGGUUUUUUUUCCCUAUGAUUUUAUCUUGGAUGAUGGUGCUACUGGCAAAUCAUGAAAGUAAUAUCUUGGGAUAACUUAUAUUGCAGCCUUUUCUUUUUCCAGGAGUGAAAGGGGGUUGAAGUUGGACUAGAGGAGCUCUCAUCUUCUCAUUGCUAAGAGUUUUUCUUAUAUUUUUAUUUAAUGUGCUUGAACAUUGAGUA